AUGGCUCUAUCAAAACCAAUAAUGAAUUUAAUGGCAUCGUACUUACAGAACUUAUACUUACAUCCAAUUAAAACUAAAGCAAUUACAAGCUGUGUGGUGGGCACAGCAGGCAGUGUUGCUUCACAGCUAGUGGCUGGUGAUAAAAUCAAGCUAGAUCCAAUUUUAGCCUUUGGACUUUAUGGGUUAGUUUUUGGAGGCACUAUCCCUCACUACUUCUAUGAAUUCCUUGAAAGGACAUUCCCUGAAGAGGUUGUGGCAUUCCCAUUAGUGAAGAAGCUUUUAUUUGAAAGAGUAAUAUUUGCUCCAUUCAUGCAGGCCUUCUCUUUAUACACUUUGGCUAGAUUUGAAGGCAAGAACCAUAGUGCUGCAUUAAAACAACUGCUAGCUCUAUAUUUACCGAUAUUGGAAGCUAACUGGAAAUGGCUUACUUUGUUCCAACUUGUUAACUUGGCUUUUGUACCUCCUAUGUUAAGAGUCCUAUUCAUGAACCUGGUUGGUUUCGGAUGGGCGAUGUUCUUAGCCACCAAGAGGCGCCAGCAAAGUCAAAAAAGAACCGAAGAAUAA